AUGACCCAGAAUAACAUCCCCGAGGACCUCAGGGACCCCUUUUACAUCGACCAGUAUGAGCAGGAGCACAUCAAGCCGCUUGUCAUCAAGCUCCUGCUGUCCAGCGAGUUGUACUGCCGUGUCUGCAGCCUCAUCCUGAAAGGUGACCAGGUGGCCUCCUUACAGGGACAUCAGUCUGUCAUCCAGGCCCUGUCCCGGAAAGGGAUUUACGUGAUGGAGAGCGAUGACACCCCCGUGACGGACCCCGACCUCAGCCGCGCACCAAUAAAGAUGAGUGCCCAUAUGGCGAUGGUGGACGCCCUCAUGAUGGCCUACACCGUGGAGAUGAUCAGCAUCAAGAAGGUCGUGGCCAGCGUCAAGCGCUUCUCGACAUUCAGUGCCUCGAAGGAGCUUCCCUAUGACCUCGAGGAUGUCAUGGUGUUCUGGGUCAACAAGGUAAAUCUUAAAAUGAGAGAGAUAACAGAGAAAGAAGUGAAGUUAAAACAACAGUUGUUGGAAAGUCCAGCCCAUCAUCAAAAGGUGCACUAUCGCCGAGAGCACCUGUCUGCGAGGCAGCCGCCCUACUUCCCGUUGUUGGAGGACCUGAUGAGAGACAGCAGCGAUGGGGCUGCUCUCUCGGCUGUGGUCCACUACUACUGCCCAGAGCAGAUGAAGCUGGAUGAUAUAUGCUUGAACGAGGUAACAUCGAUGGCUGACAGUCUGUAUAAUAUUCGGCUUCUGAGAGAAUUCUCAAAUGAGUAUCUUAACAAAUGCUUUUAUCUCACCUUAGAAGAUAUGCUGUAUGCGCCCUUAGUGUUGAAACCCAAUGUUAUGGUUUUUAUUGCUGAACUCUUCCGGUGGUUUGAGAAUGUCAAACCAGAUUUUGUUCAACCCACGGAUGUUCAGGAACUGAAAGAUGCUAAAACAGUGUCACACCAAAAAAGCAGUCGGCCUCCUGUUCCUAUCUCCAAUGCCACCAAGCACAGCUUCCUGGGGAGCCCCGCAGCAGCAAGCCUGGUUGAUCUGCAGCCCCCCACCCAGCCGCCAGCCGAGGGUUGUCACAGGCACCACCUGCACCCCGAAGAGUCUGAACAUCUGGGGAAAGGGGCCUCUGCCUUUAGCCCAUCACAUCCUUUAUUGCCACUGAGACAGAAACAGCAAAAGACGAUGCAGGGAGAGGAGUCCCCCAAUGAGCAACACCGAUGUAAUUCUUUAACGCGAGUUGAUGGUCAGCCACCAGGUGCAGCAGCAGCGUGCCCAGAGAAGAAGAACAGGCCUGUGUUUCAGCCAGCACCCUUUGCUCUUCAUCAUGCUGCGAGCUGCGAUCUGGACCCUGGCUCUGGUGACAGCGUCAGCUUGGCCCGCCCCAUCAGCAAGGAUAGUUUGGCAUCCAAUAUCGUUAAUCUGACCCCACAGAACCAGCCGCACCCCACAACCCUAAAGACCAAUGGGAAAAGCCUCCUGAACAAUGUCGAUAUUGAGGAUGAGGAUGAAGAGCUUGUGGCCAUCAUUAGAAUGGAUGUGGCUCCCCACAGCGGUGAGCUGGGCCUGAUGGCAAGUGCCCGAUCUCCCCAGAGACUGGCGGACACCUUAGAAAGUAAGCCUGACAGUUUCUUCUUGGAGCCGUUGAUGCCAGUCGUGCUUAGGCCAGCUAAAGAGAAGCAGAUGAUUACCAAGGAGGAUGAGUGUGGAGAAGGGCAGCUAAGGAGCUUCGCCUCCAAGAAGUCCAGCGAGGGCCACAAGCCUCUGCUGUGGAAGAAGGCAUCCAGCGGUCAUGUCAGUGGAGACUUGAAUAAGACUUUCACUCCCAUCUGUUCAGAACUUCCUGUGGGUUUGGACCCUGUGCCUGCUGAGGCAGGGCCGCAGGUGGUGGGGGAAGCCUGUGGUAGGCCUCUGGCCAGUGGCGGUUUUGAUCCAUUAUCUCAGGGACAGUCUGCCGACGGCUUCUUUCUUCAUGUAGCCAGAGCCAAUGAAUACAUGGAGGGCAGGUUCUAUGUUAGCUGUGCAAAAAGUCCCAACGCCCACGAUCCAGAGCCAUGGACUGUCCUGAGGCAGGACUCCGACUCGGACAUUGCAGAUCUAGAGGAAGCUGAGCACGAUUUACUUGGUGAGGACCACCCUGUGGUGAUCACUAAGUAUGUCGGUGAGGAGGAGUCAGCAAAGCUGCACGAGGAUCUGAAAGUGAAAGAUCAUGAGGACAAGGAUGACGCCAGUGGCCGCUCGAGCCCAUGUCUGAGCACCGUCUCUCAGAUCAGCAGCGUCUCCAUGGCGAGCGGGAGCGUGAAGAUGACCAGCUUCGCGGAAAGGAAGCUCCAGAGGCUCAACAGCUGUGAGACCAAGUCCAGCACCAGCAGCUCCCAGAAGACCACGCCCGAUGGCUCAGAGAGCUGCCCGCCCCCACUGACGACCUGGAAGCAAAGGAGAGAGCAGAGUCCGAGCAGGCAGAGCAAGGAUCACGUCAGCCUCCUGGCGUCCGAACUGGUGCAGCUCCACAUGCAGCUGGAGGAGAAACGGAGAGCCAUCGAAGCGCAGAAGAAGAAGAUGGAGACUCUGUCCGCCAGGCAGCGACUGAAGCUGGGGAAGGCAGCCUUCCUGCACGUGGUCAAGAAAGGCAACGCUGAUGUCGUCCCCCAGCCGCUUAAACCAGAACACUUCGCUAGGGAGUAUUCUCAGCACAACGGAGAGGACUUUGAUGGUGGCGUUUCCAAGAUGGAAGAAUUUUUUGUUAAGGAACAAAGGAGAGAGGAUCUCCUUAGUGAGUCUCAAGACGUGGAGAGGGAAAGCCUGGCUUUCAUUCAGCAGCAUAAACUGAAAGACCCUGCCACUCUCCACGACCUGGAGAAGCACAAAGCGCUCUCUGCUGCUCUCCUGGAAGACGGCGCUGGGGAGGUGGGGGACGUGAGCGAGUGCGACCUUUCUACUGAGAAACUUAACGAGACCAUCAGCACACUGCAGCAGGCGAUUCUGAAGAUUUCUCAGCAGCAAGAGCAGCUGCUUAUGAAAUCCCCCACAGCACCAGCUCCACAUUCUAAGAACUCCCAGGACCAGAGAGUCAAAGCAGCCAUCCACUUCGUUGAGCCACUCUCUCCCACUGGAGUGACGGGUCACCGCAAACCCCCUCGUCUUGGUCAGGGUCGGAAUUCCCGUUCAGGAAGACAGGCUGACCUGAAGGUCCCGAAAGACAGACAGCAGGGUUCCUCCCGGAGCAAGACCCCGACGCCCAGUAUAGAGAUUCUCCCCUACUUACGGUCCUUCCCUCCUCGGACGCCCUCUGACCCGGGCUGGGACUGUGGUGCAGACCCAGGGAGUGACCCUCAUGAGAAGUGCUUCUUCGACAGUUACAGGCUCCAUGAUGAGAGCAAUCAGCAGACAUUUGUCUUGUCCUCCUCCAAAGAUGCAAACACUAUAUUGGAACAAACGAGCCUCAAAGAGGCUCUGGACCGCAGCGAGAAGGAGGCGGGGCUCAGCGCCCCGGCUGGCUCCGGCAAGGAGAACGGGCCUGUGGACGAGCCCCCGAGGAGCAAGGCCAGCCUCAUCGAGGUGGACCUCUCAGACCUGAAGGCCCCUGACGAGGACGGAGAGAGGGAAGGCCACGAGAGCUCUGUGGACCUCAGCACUGACGGCGAUCAGAAGCCGGAAGUCGUCGUCUUCUUUAAGGAUGAACAGAAGGCGGAAGAUGAGCUCGCCAGGAAGCGGGCGGCCUUCCUCCUGAAGCAGCAGCUGGAAAUAGAAGUAGAGCUCAAGAGAGACGAGGCCAGGCGUAAAGCCGAAGAAGAUCGGAUACGGAAGGAGGAAGAGAAGGCGCGAUCAGAGCUCAUCAAACAGGAAUACUCGCGGAGGAAGCAGCAACAGAUGUUAGAAGAACAAGGACUGGGAAAACCUAAAUCGAAGCCAAAAAAGCCGCGGCCAAAGUCAGUCCAUCGGGAAGAGUCGUGUAGCGACUCGGGAACCAAGUGCUCCUCAACCCCUGAUAACCUGAGCCGGGCCCAGUCGGGCUCCAACCUGUCCUUGGGCUCCGGCCUGUCCUUGGCCUCCGCAGCAACGACUGAGCCCGAGAGCAUUCAUUCAGGGGGCACGCCUUCCCAGCGCAGAGUCGAGUCCCUGGAAAUCCUGCCCGUAUUAAGGCGCAACCCGAGCAGAAGCACAGACAGAGACUGGGAGACGGCGUCUGCAGCGUCCUCCCUCGCCUCGGUGGCCGAGUACACAGGUCCCAAGCUCUUUAAGGAGCCCAGUAACAAAUCCAACAAACCGAUCGUUCAUAAUGCUGCGUCCAAUUGCUGUCUGGCUGGAAAAGUGAAUGAACCUCACAAGAAUUCAGUAUUAGAGGAGCUAGAGAAGUGUGACACCAAUCACUACAUCAUACUGUUUCGUGAUGCCGGCUGCCAGUUCGGGGCACUUUACUGGUGCUAUCCAGACACUGAGGAAAUCUACAAAUUAACUGGAAUGGGGCCAAAGAGCAUUACCAAGAAAAUGAUCGACAAACUGUAUAAAUACAGCUCAGACCGGAAACAGUUUAACCUGAUCCCAGCCAAAACCAUGUCCGUCAGUGUGGAUGCUCUCACUAUCCACAACCACCUGUGGCAGCCCAAGUGGCCUGCAGCACCAAAGAAGACCCAGACUCAUAAAUGA